GGGGCUUCUCACUGUGUAACAAGCGAGGAGCAGAACAGACAGGAGAUGUGUCUUAUAGGUCUAAUGGGAGCCCAUUGGCAUGUGUCACUGGGUUGGGCUGUAUGUGGCUGCUCAAGGUUACUAAGCUGGUGUAGAGCAAAUCAGGCAACUUAUAUUUAGCCUUGCAAAUGGCGCACUAUGGAUUAUGUCUUGGGGCUCUCCAGUUUCGUCUUCAGUGCGUUUUGUAGCAUGAAGGGGGGCUGUGGAUCAUGAAGAGGCUGCUAUUCAGGUGAGGAGCAGGUUCACUUCAUGUUCUUAGACCAGCUCUUUUUCCACUUCUUCUCCUUUCUUCCCUGCUCACUUUUCCUCCACCUCUCAUUCAUACACUCCAUCUGGGGGGGAAAGUGUUUAUGGUCUCACAUACUUCUUCUGGAGGUGGGGGGCUAUUCAGAGCGUCCAAAAGGCACCAAAGAAGACACACUUGAAUUGGACUGAGAGUUGCGUUGUGGAGUGAGCAGGUAUUUGCUUCCCAUACCAGGAGAGGACAACCAGUGUGAUUGGACGUAUCUCAGAUUGUUUCGUCACCAGGCUACUGAGAUUUGGGAUUAAACAGUAUCAUGGAUGUACUCGCUUUAGAGGCAAAGAGUGCAAAUGGAGCAGAUACAGAAAAGAAGUCUUCAUCAAGGCCAAAACCGAAACCUCCUAAAAAGGCUAAAAGGAUUGUUUACUUUGAGGUGGAGAUCGUGGACAUCAAGACUAAAGAGAAACUGCUGCUGCUGGACAAGGUGGAACCAACUGCCACUGUUUUUGAUAUCAAAGCUUUGUUUCAAAAAUCAUAUCCAAAGUGGUAUCCAGCCAGACAGUCCCUUCGUUUGGAUCCAAAGGCCAGGUGUCUCAAGGAUGAGGAAAUUCUGCAGACACUUCCUGUGGGAACCACAGCCAGCUUUUACUUCAGUGACCUAGGACCUCAGCUCACAUGGGGGACUGUGUUCCUGGCAGAGUGUGUUGGUCCACUGGUCAUCUAUUUAAUGUUCUACUUCCACCUUCCCUUUAUCUACUCUCCUAAAUAUGACUUCACCAGCAGCAAGCACUGGGUGGUACACUUGGCCUGCAUGUGUCACUCCUUCCACUACAUCAAGAGGAUCCUGGAGACACUGUUUGUCCACCGUAUCUCCCAUGGGACCAUGCCUCUCAGAAACAUAUUUAAGAACUGUGGCUAUUACUGGUCCACUGCAGCUUGGAUGGCGUACUACAUUAACCACCCUCUCUACACCACACCGUAUUACGGGCCGCAGCAGGUGAAUACAGGACUUUAUAUUUUCUUGUUCUGUCAAGUAGGGAAUUUUUCCAUCCAUGUUGCUCUUCGUAACCUCAAACCACCAGGUUCAAAAAUCAAGAAGAUUCCUUACCCAACGAAAAAUCCAUUCACAUGGAUGUUUUGGCUGGUCUCUUGUCCAAACUACACAUAUGAGGUGGGCUCCUGGAUCGGCUUCACAGUGAUGACCCAGUGUGUGCCUGUAGCUUUCUUCACUCUCGUGGCCUUCAUUCAGAUGACUGUGUGGGCCAAAGGCAAACACUGUGGCUACUUAAAGGAGUUCAGAGAUUAUCCGACCCUGCGCUCCUCCAUACUCCCCUUCAUCCUGUAGAGCUAGGCACAUAAAACAACGGUCACCACAUACAGCCGGUUCUUUUUGAAGGCCUCUCCAUCCACUGGAUGUCAGAAAGUGUGUGCUGAGGUCAACAGCAUGGAUGGAUGUUGGUCAUAUGGACUCCAUGUAACAUUUUCUAGCCGUUACAGUUACUCUGUGUUGGACCGGUGAAUGCAGGACUGUUAGAGGCAAAGGAAGCCAUCAGAGGUAAAUGCAGCAAAGUCUUAAUUUAAAGUUGUAUGUGAUAUUGAAGAGCAAGAGGAUAAAAAAAAAUAUUUUGCUACUUCAGUAAGUUGUAACAUGUUUGAGUGAGAGUGCCGUUUAGUUUUUAAAAAAAAUCACAUUAUUUUCAUAGAUUUUGGAAAACCUGAUCAGUGAAGUUUCCCACAGAGCUGGGCGACCAAGAUGCUAAUCUGCAAUGUCCAACUAGUGUGCAGCCUGGAGCUGAGAACUUUGUAGCCUCCUGCAGUGUUCUACUGAUCUAAGUGACAUUUACACCAUGAUAGUGCUAGUGCUAUCUGGAUUAGAAAUUGAAUAAGUGGG